UUUUCCUUAUGAACUUUUCCAUAAGACCCACACUAGGAAAGGCACCUCCGAUAUGGUUGAUUCACGAGCGCAAUCAAUUAAGGAUGCAUUUUUGGCGCUUAAGGAGCAGUCGUCUCAACCACAAGAGGGGUGCAGUGACCCUCCUAUUGUAGAUGAGGUCGCACUAUAUUAUCAAGUUGUGGGGGGGGAGAAGAAGAACAGGGUUUAUGGCAUUGGAUCUCAAGCAUCAAUUUUUUACCCUAGCUCAUCACAUGGAUCAUCUUCUACUGCAUCCUAUUGCGCUCAGUCAGAGGCAAUGGAGGAAGAGAUUCAACAAUUGCAUCAGACUGUUGCAACACUCAAGGAUAGUUUGGUUGCAAUGGAGGAGAGAGAUUGACAACGCGAGUUGAUGUUAGAGGAGAGAUACAGACAACGUGAGCAGACACUGGAGGAGCGCAUGCAACAAAUGAUGCAAAACAUGAUGGCACAAAUGAUGCAGGGUACGCAGUUUACAGCCCCAACUCCAGAUGCGACUCAUCAAGAUGAUGGUAGAGAGGCUGAUAGUGGUGAUGAGUGAUGAUCUUGUUGAUGACAAGUAGCUUGUUUUUUUGUUAUUAUGAUAUUUUAUUUUUCCAUACAGUAUAUUAUUGUCAUAACACUUCACUGUCAUAUUUAUAUAUAAUAUUGUCCGAUAUUUGA